ACCUGUUUUGAUUUAAUUCGAGUUUCGAUCUUUUUCAGGCACCAGGUCAUUUUUUGGGAAAGAGAAAAGACCAUUUGCAUGAAAAAAAUGUUGAAAUUUAAUGGAAUUAUUGAUUAAAAUAUAAAGUUGUUUCAAAUGAAUGUGAAAUGUAUAAUAUUUUUAAUACAAAAGUAAAAGUUUUAAGAUUGCAUAUUAAUACAUCGUUAUUCACCUGUAUAUUCUGAAGUCUUUUUUUUAAUGAAACCGACAUGGAAAAGAAUGUUCAGCUACGGAGAAUGGAAAAUUAAGGAAAUUGUGCUGCCACCUAAGAAAAAGUAAAAACUUUCAAUGAAUAGCAUCGGUGAGUCGUGCACUGAAUUGAAAAAGGAGUAUGACACCUGUUUUCAUGCUUGGUUUUCAGACAAAUUUCUCAAAGGUGAUACCAAUGAAUCGAUGUGUGAACCCUUAUUCAAAGUCUACCAACAAUGUGUCAAGAAUGCGAUGAAAGAGCAGAAAAUAGAGUUAAAAGAAAUGGAAAAGAAUCAUUUAGAGGAAAAAAACGAAGACAAAAGUGAAAGUUGACAAGAUGAUGAACAUAGUUUAUCAAUAAAAGAAAUUUGUGUGUAACUUCUGCACCUCACGAUGGAAGGAGAUUGAAUCUUCUGAGUUGCUUAAAAUUAUAAGCGAUUGUUACAAAUCUUCUGAAGGUUUUCGGGAUUCGGUUUUAUUCCUAUCUCUUAUAAAAAUAAAUCAAGUAUCAUGUUUUUUUUUUAAUAAAUAGCUUUUUGAAAGAUAAAUUAUAUAUUUUUCUUUAAUCUACUUAGGAAAUGUAUUCUGUGUAAGUUAAAAAUAUAAUGUGUUAAUGAUAUUUAGCUAAACAAUUUGUUUAUUAAAAAUGUAAAUGUACUUUUUCAUGCGCAUGAAAAAAUCCUAUGUCAGUUUACUAGAAAAUAUAUUACUGUUGUAUAUUUUAUUCUCUUAAAGAGAUUCUCUUUAAAAUAAACUCUUUUAUGUUCAGAUAAUAAAGUUUGUUUAAUGUUUAA